AUGACCUCUUGGGCCGUCCUGCUCAUCGCCUCAGUGCUCCUGGUUGCCCCAGGGCUGGCCUUUUCCGGUCUGACCCCUGAGCACCACGAUCAGGCGACGGCCCAUCUGUGUGAAGGAGACGAGUUGUGCCAGGGCCUGUCCCCGGAGGAUCCCCAGGGUGACCUGGUGCUCCAAAGAGAGGAGCUGGGCCUACUCUGUGAUAACUGUCGGAAGAUAAUACAACAUCUGGAGGAAAUGGUGGGAGAUCAGCCUAAUGAGAAAACCAUCAGAGAGGCGGCCUCCAAGGUGUGCAGCAAGAUGAAGAUGCUGAGAGGUGUGUGCAAGUCAAUUAUGAAGAAAUUUCUCCGUGUCAUCUCUCUGGACAUCUUAGAUGGAAAAAAGCCUCAGGCCAUCUGUUUUGACAUCAGGCUGUGCACAAGCAAGGCAGGGCCAGUCACCCCCUGUGUGGGCUCUUCCCAUCCUCCCCCGUCUCCGGCCCUGCUGGCCAUCCCCGGGCAGCACCCCUUCCUGCGUCUGUUCCAGACCAUCCAUCUGGUCUCCCUGAGGUACCUCCCCACUCCCUUCUCCCAGGCCUGUGGGAACCUUCAAGAAAAAUCCACAGCCUCCCCACCACCUGCCCCCCCAUCCCUGGUCCUCCCCGGCGCAGCUGUGAAUGAGAACAGAGCGCUCGCGGCUCGGGCGGCCCGGGCUGGGGAGGCGGCGGCGCUGACUGAUCUGGGGAACCGGGCUUCUGUGUAA